GCUGUUUCUCUGUUGUAGUAAUUGCAGUUUUGUUAGUGUUGAGGCUUUUAAAACUCGCUAGCUAAAUCCAUGAUGAAGGAACAUGCAUGUAGUAUUCAAGUUCUUCUGCAAGCUGCAGAAUAUUUGGAAAGAAGAGAAAGAGAAGCAGAGCAUGGGUAUGCGUCAUUAGUACCAUGCUACCGUAAAGCUACAAACAAACGAAGCAAACAGAAAACUAAAAGAAAUUCACCCGAGACUAGCAGGUCAGUUCACAAUGAAUUGGAAAAGCACAGACGAGCCCAGUUGCGACACUGCUUGGAACAGCUAAAACAGCAGGUCCCAUUAUCCAUUGAUUCAACAAGGAACACCACUCUGAACCUGCUUAGAAGGGCGCAAUUACACAUAAAGAAAUUGCAGAAACAGGCUGAACAUGCUGAGUUGAUGAAGAACCGGCUACGGUGGGAGCAGCAGGAGCUACGUGUGCGCUUACAACAGCUGCAGGGUACCACAGAGCGGACACGCAAUGAUAGCUCGGGCUCAGCCGUGUCUUCUGACAGGUCUGACUCUGACAAAGAGGAUGUGGAGAUUGAUGUUGAGAGCAUGGUGUGGAUUUUGGAUUCUGAUAGUCUGGCCACAACACAAACUGAUGAUCAUAGUUACUCCAUUACGGAUCACACCUGGUUAUGACGACUAUAAAAAGUUGUCAUGCAUUCCAUAAACUGUAUUGGAAGGUAGAUUAAAACAGGAUAAGCCUGAGACAAUAAAUGUCUGGUUGCUUCCCACAGACCUAUUCCGCUGGUGUGGGAUUAUUUAUUUAUUUAUUUAUUUAGUUGUUUUGUUUUUUGUUUUUUGGAAAAAAAAAAUCUAACUUUAAGCUUUUUGCAAGCAGGACUAGAAUUUUUGAUGGAUCCCUCCCCUUCAGGCAUGUUGUGAUGCUUGGAAUAGACAGUCUUCAUUAAUGAAGGUAUGACCACUUGGACAUACUGUUUGCUUGCCAAUUUAACAUCUGUUUGCAAUGCACAAAUCAGUGUUGUUGUCGCCUCGCCCCAUCAGCCUAGUCUUUUAUUUUAUGUAACUUUGCACAAAAUGCUGUAUUGGCACUUACUGUUUCUGAUUCAGAGUAUCCCUAUAUUUACAAACUGAAUGGCAGAUCAUGACUGCAUUUUGUUUUUAAAUCCUACUAAAACACACAAAUGCAUACAGUAGUCUGGAGGCUUCUUCAAAAUGUAUUUAGCAUAUUAUAUAUGCUUAAUAGUUGAAAAAAUGAGUAUAAAAAUGGUUACCAGUAAUGUUAAAAUAUGGAUUAUGAUCUAAUUUGCCUAAUGCUUAAUCAAUAUUUGGUAAUAUAUUAAAGAUCUGUGCCAUUCAGUUCUGCUAAGACUAUUUAAAAGAUUUAAGACAAAUUAAUGGAAAUGUGUUUUAGAUUUGACUACUAGUACUAUGCGGUACUUAAUGGUUACAUUAAAGUAUUAUGGAUCUUAAGCCUCUUAUCAUAAACCAAUCAACCUGUUAUGUCUGAAUGUUGAAUGAAGCAAAUGUCAUUUUAUACAACUAAUUUUAGCAGUAAUUAAUAAAUUGUAGUUGUGUAAAUGUACAUAGCAGAGUACAUUGUAUGAUAAACACCAAAUGCCUUACAAACUUUGUAUUUCAGUUCUCGUGUAGUGUUUUUAAUCAAUGUAAACCUUUUGUACAAAUAAAUAUUUUAAGUAUUUAACUUAAUUCAAAUUCCAAGUUUAAUGUUUGCAAUUUGUUUUUCAACCUGGUUUUCCUUGUGCUUUUCCCUUUUAGGUAUACAAUGUAACAGGGCAUUUCCACUUUUAAUAUACUAAAAUGAGAAACAUGCUAGAAUAUCCUGCUCAGAAUUUAGACACAAACUCUUAUGUAAACAAUAACAGGCUUUUAUGCAGCCUAUUUUAAUGAACACAUGCUUUAUAUUUAAUUUAAUUUGCAAAGCAUGUUUAAAAAAGCAAAGCUAUAAAUUUCAUUUAUUGAUCUAAUCCUAUAAGCUUAACCUGAAUAAAGAUUUCUAGGUAGCAGACACUAAGCAAAUUCGAUUGAAUAAAAUUUAGCUUAGUUUUGUACUAGUAAACACUAAUUUACACACUUCAUAGGUUUCAUGCAUAUAUGAAGACAUUGCUCUCUAUCCAAAUUCUUUGUUUCAAGUGCCAAAUGUUGGAAUGCUCAAGAUGUCCUUUAAUAUCAUAUAGGCAGUGACCAGGAGGAUCAGGGGCCCCUCAACUCACUUCAAUUUGAGGCAAUGGCAUAACUGUAAAUAGCAGAAGUAAAGCCAUGGUUUGUACAAUUGGAAGAGCACAUCUGAACAAGAAUGGACACUUUUAGAAAAUCAGUGUUAAACUGACCAACAACACUCAACUAGCAUAUGGAAAAAUAAGUUACAAUAGCCCUCCCAAAAUGGAUUAAUCAUAGUAACAUCUCAGUGAACACGAGGAUAAAAGGAUUGUGU